AUGUCUACCUCUGGAAGCAUCAAGAGCGAACAACCUGAUGAUACCCAAAACACUUUCUCUGAUGUUGACAUUGAGAGAGGUGCUAACCCAGUUGUUGCGCCCAAGAGGACAAAGAAAUUCAUCAUAUUAAUUGCAAGCGUUGCGGCCCUUGGAGGUCUCAUUUUUGGAUUUGAUAUCGCAGGGGCAGGUGCAACAUUCGUCAUGGAUGGUUUUCAGUAUCACUUCAACUGGAAGUGUGCUCACGACGACAUCGGUUGCGUUGGUGCUUCGCAAGGCACCAUGGACCGCGACAAGGGCCUCAUCAAUGGUCUAUUUGGUAUUGGAGCUGCCAUUGGAGCUCUCCUCAACUCGAGAUUGGCGGAACAGUUUGGGCGUCGGAUUACUCUUGGCUUGUCGGCUCUCGUGUUCAUCUUCGGCGCUAGCAUUCAAGCGUGGGCUCCUGUAAUGGAGGUCAUGUGGGCUGGUCGCAUCUUCUCUGGUAUGGGCAUUGGCAUGCUCAGCAUGUGUUCCCCCGUAUACAUUGGCGAGUGUGCCCCCGAGCACAUUCGUGGUGCCCUUGGAACUCUUUGGCAACUUGCCAUCACCAUCGGCAUUGUCCUUGCAUCUGCAAUGAAUAUUGGACUUGCCAAAUUGGACUAUGGGUGGAGGAUCUCCUAUGGAGGCAACAUCUUAUUUGCUGUGAUUUUGAUCCUAUGCCUUGCUUUCAUGCCCGAGUCUCCUCGUUGGCUAGCAGCUCAUGGUACUGAGGAGCAAGUCAAGGAAUCACUCUCCAAGAUGCGAUUUGAAGAUGAAAUUGACUCGGAAGUUGAAAAGCUGCAACAUGAAGUUGAAGAGGAGCGAAAGCUUGGACAGGCUCCAUGGAGUGAGGUCUUCUCCAACAAGAACUUGAUGCGCCGUCGUGUCAUCCUCGGAUUCGUCUUGUUUGCCUUUCAGCAACUUUGUGGAAUCAACGCAGUCAUGUUCUAUGCCCCUGACAUCUUGAAUACUUUCUUCACUGAAAGCCAGGCCAUCAUGGGUACUCUUGUUCUCAACACCAUCAACUGUCUCUCUACCUUCAUCACUGUUGCAACUGUGGACCGCUUUGGCCGCACCAAGCUCUUGACUCUCGGAGGAAUGCUCAUGUUCCCAUGCCUUGUUGCCUGCGGAAUCCUCUCUGUUGUGGAACAAACCCAGGGCGUUGGAUAUGCUGUCCUGGUCUUUGCCGCCAUCUACAUUAUUGGCUUUGCCUUCAGCUGGGGUCCUGUCCUCUGGAUUGUCAUUCCUGAGAUGUUCCCCUACCGCACCCGUGGCAAGGCUGUUGGUAUCUGUGUGAUGUCCAACUGGAUCUUUACCACCUUGGUUGGUGCUGUUUUCCCCGUAGCUUCCACUGCUUCUUUGGGAGCCUGCUUCUUUUUCUUUGCGGGCGCCAUCUUCGUUGCUGUUGGUGUUGUCUACUUUUUCCAGGUCGAAACCGCCGAAAAGACUUCUGAGGAGAUUGACCAGGCCUAUGAAAACCACACGCCCGCUCUCAAGCGCAAGGAUUGGUAAAUUUGGAGAAAAUGUGAGCUAAGCUAGCUACAGGUGAGCUCUUGGUCAGGCAGCUGCUAUUGCCGACACAAGAAGACCGAAAGGGCAAUCUUGAUCAUUGCUUUUUGUGUUACAUGAUUGGUGGAAGUUUCAAAAUAGUGUAGAACUUUAGAAGAUAAGCUAAAACAAAAAAGUCAGUACAGUC